AUGGAGCGCUCGUGCCGGCGCGGCCCCUGCAGCAUCCGGGGCUGCCCUCCGGGUUCCCUCACGGCCUGCGACGGAGCCGUGGGGACGCAGACCAUAGGACGAUGCGCCCGCCAGGCCGGCCAGGAGGCUGAGCCAGGAGACACCCCCACGCCCUCGGGCCACCGCUCCAUGGCCUCCCCCAGCAGGCCUGAGUCCCCAGAGCUGGGGACUCCUGUGACCGCGGGCUCGUCGUCGUCGUCCGCCUCGUCGUGCGGCUCGUGCGCGGGGCCGUCAGGCUCGGAACCCCUGUGGGCCGCGCUUUACGAUUACGAGGCGCGGGGCGAGGACGAGCUGAGCCUGCGGCGCGGGCAGCUGGUGGAGGUGCUGUCCCAGGACGCCGCGGUGACCGGCGGCGAGGGCUGGUGGGCCGGCCAGCUGCAGCAGCCCUUGGGCGUCUUCCCCGCCGACUUCGUGGCGCCCCGCGCGGCCGCGCGCUCCCAGUCUCCACCGCGGCCCGGCUCCCCUGAGCACAUCGACUUCAAGCAGCUGCAGUUGCGGGAGCUCAUCGGCGCUGGCGGUUUCGGGCAGGUGUUCCGGGCCACUUGGCGGGGACAGGAGGUGGCAGUGAAGGCAGCGCGCCGGGACCCGGAGCAGGACGCAACAGCGGCGGCGGAGAGCGUGCGGCGUGAGGCCAAGCUCUUCUCCAUGUUGCGGCACCCCAACAUCAUCCAGUUGCGUGGCGUCUGCCUGCGGCACCCCAACCUCUGCCUGGUGCUGGAGUUCGCGCGCGGGGGAGCGCUCAACCGCGCCUUGGCUGCCGCCCCGGACCCGCGCGCCCCCGGGCCCCGCCGCGCGCGCCGCAUUCCUCCGCGGGUGCUGGUCGACUGGGCUCUACAGAUCGCGCGCGGCAUGCUCUACCUGCACGAGGGCGCCGGCGUGCCCAUUCUGCACCGGGACCUCAAGUCCAGCAACAUCUUGCUGCUUGAGAAGAUAGAGAAUGACAGUGACAUCUGUGACAAGACACUGAAGAUCACAGACUUCGGGCUAGCCAGGGAGUGGCACAGGACCACCAAGAUGAGUGCCGUGGGCACCUACGCCUGGAUGGCCCCUGAGGUCAUCAAGUCCUCCUUGUUUUCUAAAGGGAGCGACAUCUGGAGUUAUGGCGUGGUGCUGUGGGAACUGCUGACGGGCGAAGCCCCCUACCGCGGCAUCGAUGGUCUCGCUGUGGCUUAUGGAGUAGCGGUCAAUAAGCUCACUCUGCCCAUCCCGUCCACCUGUCCUGAGCCCUUUGCUAAGCUACUAAGAGAAUGCUGGGAACAAGACCCUCAUAUACGCCCAUCAUUUGCCUUAAUUCUUGAACAAUUAACUGCUAUUGAAGGGGCCAUUAUGACUGACAUGCCUCAGGAAUCUUUUCAUUCCAUGCAAGAUGACUGGAAACUGGAAAUUCAACAAAUGUUUGAUGAGUUGAGAACGAAGGAAAAGGAGCUGUGGUCCCGGGAGGAGGAGCUGACCCGAGCCGCCAUCCAGCAAAAGUCCCAGGAAGAGCUGCUGAAGCGGCGUGAGCAGCAGCUGGCCGAGCGUGAGAUCGACGUGCUGGAGCGGGAGCUGAACAUCAUCAUCUUCCAGCUGAGCCAGGAGCAGCCUACUGUGAAGAGGAGGAAGGGCAAGUUCAAGAGAAGCCGCCUGAAGCUCAGAGACGGACCUUGCAUCAGCUUACCUUCAGAUUUUCAGCAUAAAAUCACUGUGCAGGCUUCGCCCAACUUGGAAAAACGAAGAAGUUUGCACAGUAACAGCUCCAGCCCGCCAAGCAGCCCGACUAUAAUCCCUCGACUCCGAGCCAUACAGUUGACUUCUGAUGAAAGCAAUAAACCUUGGGGAAGGAACACUGUGAGUCGCCAUGAGGAACUUGAAGAUGUAAAAAGGAAUCUCAGGAAAAAAGUUUGUACCUGGGGGCCAAAUUCAAUUCAGACGAAAGACAGGACCAACUGCAAAGAAAGAAUAAGACCUCUGUCAGAUGGCAACAGCCCUUGGUCAACAAUCUUAAUAAAAAACCAGAAAACUAUGCCCUUGGCUUCAUUAUUUGUGGACCAGCCAGGUGCUCAUGAAGAAUUGAAGCCCUCCCCUGAUGGCCUGGAAAACCGAAAACCAAAGCUCAUGAAAUUGGCCCCCCAAGGCUGCAUCGAUCUACCUCCUUGCAAAGAUGACCCCAGGGAGAAGGCUGGGGCCCCUGACAGCUCUGAGGAGGGAGGCUCUGCCGGCUCCUCCUCGAGCACCCCUCAGGUGACUCCUCCAAACAGUCUGAGCAGAGCACCCCAGAGAAAGAAAACGGAGUCGGCUCUGUACAAGUGCACUGUGCUGCUGGCCUCUGUGGCUCUGGGGCUGGACAUCAGAGAUCUGGGGCAAGGGCCUGAUGAACUGCUGCUCAAGGAAGACAAGAAGAAGAGAGAGGGCAUCUUCCAGCGCGCCUCCAGGGCCCACGAACGUGUCAGUCCCCCAGCAGGCCUACAAGGGGACAGUCUCCUGUCUGUGCCCUCUCUCUCCACAAAGUGCUUGCUGCAGACAGACAGUGAAGAUGCAUCUAUGGGCAGUGCACACAACACUUGCCACCCACAGACCCCUGCUCCAGAUGGCUGGGGGUCAACUUCAGCGGCAAGACUUGAGACCAAUUGCAGACCACUGAGAAAAGGGCUUCCUUCUCCCAUAAAGCAGACACAUGGGGACAAACCACCUUGUAUUCCCGGGUUCCUGAAUCCCGCUUCUGCACCUCAUGAUCACAUGCUACACGAGAACUCACCUGUGCCAGGUGGAGUUGUGGGCAUCAUGCCCCGGCCACGCCCUUCCAUGCUGCGAAGCCGUGUGGACGCAGUACAGCCAGCCCCAUGGCGACCAGUGGCGGGCCCUGGACUGAGUCCCUGCAGACCUGGAGUCGAGGCGAGGACUGACUUGCACUUUUCAUCUUUACUGGACACUGAUGUGGACGGGCAACCCAGGGACCUCACAGUGCCUCUGUGCAGACUGAACAACCAAGCCAGCCGGCCAUCGAUAUAUGAGCUGGAGAAAGAAUUUCUGUCUUAA